AUGUCGUCUGAGACGUCCACUUCUGAGACGUCCACUUCUGCUCCAGACUACGAACUCCGCGCGCGCACACUCCUCAGGUCUCGACGCCCUCUCCACACCAAUCCUCCGGACAACGCUUAUGGUGUUUACCUCACCAACGAGUGUCUGCUCCGUUUUGGCUACAUGAUGCGCGAGUCACAGGGCUAUCCUCCCAGCACCGACUCAGAAGCCGAGGCCAGAGAUGCCAAGAACCUUGCUGCCAGCGAACUGCCCCUCCUUGUGCAGAUCGUCGUCCCCGGGCUGACACUGACGCGGUGGCGACCAGUCCUCGUUCGACCAUUUGGCCCGCUGGGGAUUAGGCGCCUCCUCGUGCUGGCUGACGAUAACUCGCAAGAGAAUAUGAAGAUGAGGAAUACACCUGAAGUCGAGCAGGAGCUUGUUGAAUUUCUUGGCCUGGAGGACCAAAAGCCUGCGUGGUAUGCUGUUGUUAAAUGGUGCGUGUGUUCACUCUUCAAUUCUUCAAACCAUUGA